AAUUGUAAUGACGAAUUUGAUAAAUUAUCACUUUGAUUUCUUUUGUGCUGGCGCACCUUUAAAAGCGUUUAAGCAGUUUCUUCGACGCCGUCGAAAUACAUUUAGUUAGUGUGUUUUUUAUAAUAAAAGUGCAUUCUUUGAAUGAUGAUUUUGAACCCGACCAAGCACAUUGCAAACAGGCUGACGCAUAAACCUUAACGCGCUUUUCUCUUGCUCUUACACAAAAAAAAAAGAAAAUAUAAGAAAAAAAACGGAUUUCAUAGUGUAUAAACAAUUUCUAUAUUGCAAUCUACAAGAAGGGGGAAAAAAAACAAAUAAAAUAAUAUGUUUCGAACGCAAUCAAAUGUGUUGCGCAUUAGUGUUGGGACUAGCUAAAUUUAAAGCCUAAAAAAGGAGAAGAAAUCCAAAAUAAUGAUCUCUGAAUGUGACACCGAUACAGCCAGCAUGGUGGCCCAAGUGGACGAUGACUCUGAACUCGAAUCCGAAUUUGUGGAAUUAAAUGAGAAAUUGAGAAGGAUCACUUUCGAUGUGAUAGCAUCCCUCAAUGAUGAUGGCUUCCAGGAGCGGAUGCGACGAUUGCUAAUGCAAUAUGAGCAAUCCGUGCGCAUCUCAUUUGAGAUUUCGAAGCAAUGCCCGCAGAGAAGCCGCAAGCUGGCCAGAAUGUUAAGCGGACAGACUGAAAUUAUACACUCGAUAAGUCGGUGCAUGCAUCAAGAUCGAAUCUAUUGCCAUCGUAUGUCUAAUAUUGUGGCCUACUAUAUAUCCAGUGAACUGUGUGCCGCCCAAUCACAAGUGGAGCGUGAGGAAUUGAUUAUAGAUCGUAUCAAUCUGGCCUUGAAAUCGUAUGUGCCUAAAAGCAAGGAACAUCUGUUAAGGACUUUUGUGGCUAUUCCCUCGCUUUUUAAUCGGGUGAAAAUAAUGACAACAUUAUACAGCCAUUUAUUCCCGCAAUGGACCAAACCGCUGGCCACUAACUCUAAUGUGAUUAUUCAAGCGGAACUGCCAGAUAAGCUUUAUAUUGAAUAUGUUGUCAUAUUCUACUAUUGGCAAUGUCUAGAACGUAAUGAAGGCAAGCGUGAGGAGAUUAUGGACUUUGCUGAGAAAUUUAUGCGGCCAGCAAAAACAUUGAUUCUAAAUACAAUGUAUGCCAAAUAUUUGCCCCGGUACACAGAGAGAAGGACGGCUACUCGAUGUAUUUUAAUGUAUUUGAGGAAGAUUACCUGCACCCAUUUGCAUAUGGCCAGCAAGAGGGACAAUCGCAUGCAGCAGGACACUGAAGUGAUUCUCUGUUCAGAUGAUGAGGAUGAUAGUCUAGUGCCAUACUUCAGCUCAACGGCACAAAGUGCCAACGUAACUCCGCCCGCAUUUUUACAAAAGAUCAUUCAGAAAUGCCGUCAAAUGGAACCCUGCAAGCGAGCCACUCUUCUGUUUAAGGGUAUCGAUAGCUCUAUGGAAAUUGUAGAUAUUUCGGAUUCCGAUGAUGAUGAUGUGGAAAUGUUUGAAGUGGAUUUCAAUGUGCCUACACAUGUGGAUGCUGCAACUGGAACAGGAUCAGGUGGAGGAGUGGGAGGAACAGCUGUCACAUCAAUAGAGGAUGACUAUGUGCCUAUUACUCGUAUCUAUCCCAGCAAUUUGCGUACAUAUCAGCGGGCCACUAGCGGAGCACCGCCUCCAGUUCCAGCGCCUUCACCAUCUCCUGCCAUACACUAUACACUGCCCCGCAUAGUUAAUAUAUAUAGUUGUCGAGAAGAUAGUCUGCAUAUGGUAACAACAACGACCAACUCCACAACCUGCCCACUUGUUCCCCAUCUCAUUGAUCAAAGUGUACAAACGGUUGUGGAAGAGGACGAGGAGGAGCCGCUGCAAGAGCCGGCAGAGGAGGAAGAAGAAAUGCUGCAGACUGAAAUGGAUUUAGAACCCAAUGACAUAUCCACUUCUAUACUCUAUACGGGUGAUUCUGCGCCAACAACACAAUCAACCACACAGCAACAGCAACACCUACUAUAUUCGACCCAAACGCCAUUGUCCUCGAGCACUCCAAGCAGUAGCAUUAGGAGCGGCAGGAAUGGUUCAUCUAGUCAUAAACAGGUCACAUUUAGUACUCAACAUACGGAAGCCAUAAUUACCAAUAAUAAUAAUAAUAACUCAUUCAUCUUCACCUCAAAGAAAAAGAAGCCUGCAAUCAAAAAAUACUCUUCUCCUGCCGCCUCAUCGACCGAACGUCUGAAAUGGCAAGCAUGUAAAGAUCACUUGUUGGCUGGUGACCGAAUGUUUGCCAAAGUUUUGCCUACUCCACCCGCCUCUAUACAUAGUUCAGUUGCCAGUCCGCAUUUUCAACGCAGUCGUACAUCCACCGAUACAAUCAGUUCCAUUGACAAUGACAAACUGGAAGCCACCAUGCGGUCAUAUUCAUUCAAACGUCGUGAGUUCUCCAAAGUGGGCAAGGAGGAUGUGCGCUUCUAUAAUGAAUUACUUAGCCGGCAACGGCAGGAGAUGCGACAACGUCGCGAGGAUAAUGGUCAAAAUCACUAUAAUCGCCAUUUAAGACGCGAGGCCAUACAGAAAGCGAUGCAUUAUAGAGCUCAAAUUAAACAAAGACUUCACGAUAUCAAGCAACUGGAGCAAUAUGUGGAAGUCAUUAGGAAUUACAAUGAGAGGGAAUGCGUUCGACCUGUGUGUGUAAGACUGAAACGAUGUAAACUCAAGAAGACGACUCCAACUCCACUGCCAAUGCCAAUGCCAGAAAGUGUCACAAUGAUGGCUCAUAAUAUCGAGCAACUAAUGGUCGACUGCCAGCAACAGCAACAGGAGCAGCAAGAUCAGGAGGAGGAGGAGCAGCAGCAGCAGCAGCUACCUGUGCGCUUGGAACAUCCCGAGCCACUGCAAAAAAUAAAUGCCUAUCAGAGGCGACGACUGAAGACGACUUCCGGAUUCGAGUUUGCUGACAAUUAUGUUAAAACGAAAUUGGAUUUGAGAAAGCGUUGCAAAUCAAUAUGUGCAAUAAGUAUGCCCACAAGGCAACAGCCAAAGAGACGAUGCAAAAGUUUUUGCCUACUAUCUAUGGUCCAGUGAGUGUCCACAUCACAUCCGCAAAAGGGUUGGUUACCACCCUUUCUCCCCACCCCCCUUUUGUUUUUUGGCUGUUGUGUUUGCCAUUUUCAAUCAAUUCACCGCCAAUCCCCGCCACCUGGAGAGAUGCAUCAAAGCAAUCAUCAAUUUUGGGAAAUGCCUGCGAUUUUAGAAUCUCUGAAAUUUACUUUAAAAAAAAAAUUAUUU